AUGCCGUCCUUGCUGGCUGCAGGCCACGGCCUCCCGCCCACGCCUCCUCAUGUCAACAAUGGUGGUCGUCUGGAUGAACCUACGUUCUAUCCGGUUGGUCACACCGCAUUCCCCCCUCGCUACCACCAGAGCGGCUCUGAGUUCAUUGAACAGUAUUCGCAAUCGCUGAUCUACUCGAAGCCCCAUGCCAUGGGGGUGUAUCCGGGCUCGGGACACGCCAUGCAUGGCGUCCGGGACAUGCACUCCAUGGGCCACCAGCAGCCCAUGUAUGGCCCCGCCGCGACCUCGCUGCCGCCAAUCCGGGCCAACAUGCAGCUUCCGCCCAUGGAUAACGCGAUCUCAUCACAAUACCGUCGUCACGAUAUGGCUUCGACCCACCAGCACGCGCACCAACACCAGCACCAGCAACACCCUUCGCAGCGACAGCAGCAGCAGUCUCGCAAGGAAGAAAAGGCCACUGGAGGUGUUGCUGCGCACCUGGACUAUGAGAUGGAUCGAAUGUCCGAUUUUGUCGCAGAGAUGACUCAGGGAAUGUAUGAUUUGUACAACACCAAGAUCACCCUUUCAGAUAUUGACUUCGCGCGAAGCAUUUCCCCAGGAACUUCCGUCCCCCCGCAGUUCCGAAAAUACGUCUACCAGAUUCUCUCGUCAACCCGCCUCCCCAGCUCCACCAUCUUGUUGGGUCUGUUCUACAUGUCUAGCCGUAUGCGCAUCCUCUCUGCCCAGCGAACAUUUCACUCCAGCAGUGGACAGAUUUACCGUAUGUUGACGGUGGCUCUGCUGUUGGGCAGCAAGUUCUUGGAUGAUAAUACCUUCCAAAACAAGUCCUGGGCAGAAGUGAGCAACAUACCCGUGGCUGAACUGAACAAGAUGGAGCUGGAGUGGCUAUUCGCCUUUGACUGGAAGAUCCAUGACCGCAUUUACGACCAGCAGGAUGGGUUUGCCUCCUGGCGUCGCCACUGGGAUAGCUGGAGUGCCAAGGCCAAUGCGAGAGCCCACGAGUCUACUCGCCAGACUCUCGCACCCUUGGACACGAACGUUGCCCGCCACCACCAGACCGUCUCCAAGCCGCUCAUGUCUCCCGAAGGUCCCAUCCCCCCGCAAUAUCAACGCGGUUCGCAUACCGAGAGCUCAUGGCUCAACCCUGCUGCCUCUGAGUACUCCCCGCCGUCGGCUCCCCACAGUGGUCCCAACACCCCGGAUUACUAUCCGGCCGGUCCCUGGGGAUUUGCGAACCCACCACCCCCUUAUUCGCAAGGGACAUGGAUUCCACCACCUCCGCGUUAUCUUCCCCAAUCCGCUCCUCGGUCACAGCCUCCAUCCUACCACCACACUCCAGCUUAUGGUUUACCAUUUGCUCAGAGCGUGUGGACUGGUCACGGCUCCUCCUGUGGAUGUGUGUAUUGUGCGAAGCACAUGGAGUUUUACAUGCCCCACGGCGCCUUUCCCCCACUGCACCCUGUCAUCGCGGGAUGA